AUGAGCCGGCGGGGCACGGUGAAGUUCUACAACUCCGUGGAUGGCUAUGGCUUCAUCCGGAGCGGCAGUCAAAGCCGACCCGGAGCGCCGGAGGUCUACGUGCACCGGUCGGCGAUUGCCGAUGGGCAAAUGCUGGUACGAGGGGACCAGGAUGAAGAGAUCAUUGAGACUGUGCCAGAUGGAGUCAUCGAAGAGGAGGGACGCCUGAACGCCUUGCGCGUCACGGGUGGCUCUGGCGGGUAUGGCCUCACGCACGGCUGCAAGGUGGAUAGAAGCACGGUGAAGGACCUGCGGGGGACGAUCAAGAAGUUCUUCCCCGAGAAGGGCUGGGGGUUCAUCAUCCAAGAGCAAGGUGGGCCGAACCUCUUCUUCCACAGCAAUCAGCUGGAUGACGGUUCCGUGACCUGA